GCGUCGGGGGCGAAACUCAGUCCACAUUUCACAGCGGUUCGUCAGCAGUGGACGCUACUACAAACUUUAAGGAAACUUUGAAGAGGAAACCCAAGGAAGCAGCUCGGAGCUUUCACUGGUGGACAGUCUACAUGGAAACGCUAUGUAGCUGGAAAUACGGCGGCGGGACUUCAUCAUAGUUUCAGUCUAGUGGAGGCGAAGAAGUGAGCUGUGUGAUAAACAUGCUCACCCCGGUGCUGGCCUCCCUGCUGCCUCUUCUCCUACUCUGUCGGAUUUCUUUCUGCCAGUAUUCGAGCGACCAGUGUAGCUGGAAGGGAAGCGGUUUGACUCACGAAGGCCACGCCAGGGACGUGGAACAGGUCUACUUGCGCUGCUCCCAAGGCUCUUUGGAGUGGCUCUAUCCUACAGGGGCCAUCAUUGUGAACCUAAGACCCAACACAGUUUCACCCGCUGCCGCCCGCCUCUCCGUGUGCAUCAAACCCUCCGCAGACUCCAGAGGCACCAACAUCUAUCUGGACCGUAAUGGCAAGCUGCGGUUACUACUGCGCGAACAGGACCAGGCUCAGGGCAAGGUGCAGUGCUUCAGCAUCCAGGAGGGGGCGCUCUUCAUCGAGGCCGUGCCUCACAUGGACAUCAGCCGCAGGAUCACGGCGUUUCAGUACGAACUGGUCAGCGACAGGCUGGGAUCCGAGGCACACUCAAUGAGUGCACCCUGUCAGCCCUGCAGUGACACUGAGAUGCUUCUAGCAGUGUGCACCAAUGACUUUGUUGCACGUGGCAGCAUUAAGAAAGUGGAGCAGGGAGAGGAGCAUUCGUCUGUCACAGUGGAGAUCAGCCGCCUCUACAGACAGAAGACCCAGGUCUUCAUACCUGGGGGUGUAAGGGUACGGAGGUGGACUGGACACAUAAAGAUGCCCCUUCAGUGUGGGGUGAAGUCUGGGGAUGGGGAGUUCCUCUUCACAGGGACAGUGAGGUUUGGGGAGGCCUGGAUGGGCUGCGCUCCUCGCUACAAAGACUUUCUGCGUCUGUAUCAUGAGGCGCAGCAGCAGGGGACAAACCCCUGUCAGGUGGACACUGACUGAGUGUGUUAGCUGCACUGUUUAGAGAUGGGACAAGUCCUGAAUGGAUGAGCUGAACCAAGUUUUAAUGCUAAGGAGAGGAGAAGGCCGACAGACUGACAGUGGCAGACAUUCUCUCUCCUCUCCUGCUGUCUCCUGACUCUUCAGAGACAAAAAUGGAGCUCCUGAAUGUUGCCAAGCAGCAUGCUGGAUCGACUCUGCUCCUUCAAGUCAAACGUGAUGCAAUGUGGAAUGUGUACAGACUGCUCUUCUCACAGACGUGGAACUCCCAGGUGUAAAAUGUAGCAAACCUUAUUUGGUUUUAAUGUGUAUAAAAUGUGAAUGAACGUUGUAUAUUUUGAAAACUUUGUGCUUUGUAAAAAAGCUUGAUGUACAGUUCUGAAGUUUUGUCUUAUGACAGAAAUGUAUAAUGUGAAAGUCUUUUAUUUUUAUUUUGUUUAAAAAAUGAACCACAGUUUAAUGCCUGAAUUCAAUUCAGGCAUUUAAAUUGUAAAACAAAAGCAAAACAAAAAAGAUUAUUUUGGCCUUUGAGAAUAAAAGCU